AUUUUUCUUGGUUGACUUUCUUGCUUUCUCUCUCGAUGGGAAAGCUCCAACAUGGAUCUCAUGAAUGCGAGUUGACCUCGCCGGGGAUCGUCGCAAAUGGGAUCUGCAACAUCUGCUUCAAAGAUGAACCUGUUGAAUUCGCCUGUGACCCUUGUAAUUUCGAUCUCUGCAAAGCUUGCUCAGAUCUUCCCCAGCAAAUGUCACACCAUCUUCAUCCGGAGCACCCUCUAGAGUUUCGUAUUGGCGAAGAUGAUCGGAAGACCAAAUACAUGGUGUGCGUCGGGUGCGGAAACAUGUCUUCUGGAACCUACUACUACGAGUGUAACAAGUGUGAGAUCUAUCUUGAUUUGGGUUGUGCACUUCACAAGAGCAUAACAACGGGUUGGGAAGCCAAAGAGAUGCUCCAUUACAGCCAUGAACACCAGCUUAAGAGGUGUAGGCCGGGACCAGAUUCCAGAGGCUCUUGCCUUCUCUGUGAGCAACCUCUCUCUUUCACUGCAACCUGUUACGGUUGCGUUCACUGUUACUUGUUUUUUCACGAGCGUUGCCUUGAUCUUCCAACAGAGAUUCAACAUCCCGUGCAUCCUCUGCACCCUCUCAAACGCCUUGAUUAUAUACAAACUUUUGACGGUCGGAAGUCUUGUAGUGCAUGUACAGGCAAAUUUGUUGGUGUCCCAUUUGGUUGCUUAGAAUGUGGGUUUUACCUUCAUCUGAGAUGUGCAGAUGCCUUGUUGCGGGGAUUUCCUGCAUAUUCUUGUGAAGAAUGUGACUUUAUCGGUCACACUGAAUGCAUUCUACGCGAGGAAGUGCCUUCUCCAUUGUACUUGAAAGAUUUGUACUCUUGCAGCAAAGACAACACAAGAUCCAAAAAUCUUACAGAUCUUGAAACAAGUGAAUCAGAAGAUAGGUUACUGGUUAAUAGCUUCAAUCAUAUUCAUGUGAUGAGGCUGGUUCACAUGAGUGAGCUUGAGGAAGAAGGAAAGUGCAACAUGUGUGAUACAAAGAUACAUGGUAAUCCUUGCAAAUGUGAGACAUGUAGCUUCCAAUCCCAUGAUUUCUGUGCAGGGCUUGGGCAACCAUCAAGGCAUCAGUUUCAUUUGAACCAUCCUUUGACCCUUCUACCAAAUUCCCCUAGAUGGAUGAAAAGGACAUGUAAGUCCUGCAAAGCUGAUAUAAAAGGGUACAAUCUCUUCUGUCGUAUAUGCAAUUUUAUCAUCGACAUCAAUUGCGCUUUGAAAGACAAAAAAAUGCACGGUGCAUUACACAUGGGUCAGAUAGGACUUUGCAUACAAGACAAACAUAGCUUGUUCCAAGUUAUUGUCUCAAGGUCACAUCCUAUCGCUUGUUCUAUAUGUGAUGAGAAGUUGUGUGGAAAGGCUUUUUCAUGCGUGGUGUGUGAAGAUAUAUAUCACCCUCUAUGUAUCCAAGUUGGGAGGCGAGUUCUAGUUGGUCAUCCACUUCAUUCUGAUCACAUGCUAGCAAUUUCACUGCUUGAAAGUGGAUCCAAGGGGACCGCUAUGCCAAGCCAAAAGCAAGAGAAACCCCAAUGCCCGGCCUGCCAACUGAAUAUUACAACAAAGUAUAGCUAUCAUUGUACCAUUUGCAAAAUCAAUUUCCAUAUUGAUUGCAUCAAAGCAGUGAUAGUACCAAGCAAGAUCAAGUCUCAUAGUCACUAUCUCUAUAACUUUUGGAACAAUGAUAUGAGGGUGACUCGCGCUUGCAGUGUGUGCACUAGACCUUGUGGUGCGUCGUUCUACGGAUGUAUUGACUGUAUGUUCAGCGCACAUGUAGAGUGUAUUGGGUUUCCAGCUAAUGUGAAGAACCAACGGCAUCAGCAUACUCUCACACAAGUAUACACUUCUCACCGGGAAAAAUGGUCUGUCCGUGAAUCAUACAUGGAUGAUAUAUAUUACGCAUGUUAUCAUUGCAAGAAAAGAUUUGACACUAAAAGUAUAAUGUCUACGGACGACAGUGAGGAAGCAACAGAAGAGGAACAACUUCAAGACAUCUAUCUUAUGUACCUUGAGCGUGAUCUCCUUGACCUUCUAAAACCAGAAGAUGAUGUGGCCAAAGCCAGUGAUGAUUCCUCUUCGUUUGGUUCUGCCUCCCUAUAUGAAACUGAAUACUGAAAAUUCCCUUAUCUGAGGUUAUGCCUCAAUCUCUUCUCGUUUUCUUAUCGUGUUUACAAUAAAAGGUGGCGUCUUCGAAGACUUGAGACUCUGAUGAGUCUUAAUUUGUUAUGCCUCCCUCUCUUAAAUGCAACUUCAGUGAACUAAAGUUAUGUUUCAGAA